AUGUCUGACCAAAUUUCAAUUAAUCAACAGCACCAAUACCCUCCUUCGCAGCAGCAAGAACAACAAGAGGGUCAAGAACAGCAACAAACCCGUGAAUACCAACAGCCGCAAAAUAAUGACUUUGGCUAUUCUAACUUGACACCAGAGGAGCAAGCACAAUUGCAACAGUUGCAGAAACAACGAGAUCAAUUACAACAUCAAUCAGAACAGUUAGAUGCUCAGGGUAACUUUCUUUUAGCUCAACAGCAACAACAGCAACAACAGCAACAAGCUCAACAAGCUCAACAAGCUCAGCUGCAACAGGCACCUUUCCCUUUCCUGUUUCAGCAAAGUAUGUUUGGCAGCAAUGUUGCUACACCAGCAUUUUCAGAUGCGCACACAAAUGCUCAUCUAAAUGCUGCGACUCCUACUUCAACGGUCCCAGGGUCUGCACCUGUAUCCUCUUAUUCUGCGGGUUUGGCACACCCAGCUGCUUCUUCGCACUUAAUAUCAGAUGAGGCCAAGAGAGAAAGCGACGCGAAAUCCAUAUACAUUGGUAAUGUCGAUUAUGGCUCUACUCCCUUGGAGCUUCAGCAACAUUUCUCACUGUGUGGUAUAAUAGAAAAAGUGACAAUUUUGAACAACAAAUUCACUGGUAGACCUAAAGGUGUGGCGUACUUGGCUUUCCAAGACCAAGAAAGUGUCGAUAAGGCCAUUGCUACGCUUGAUGGAUCAAUAUUUAGAGAUCGAGAGUUGAAGGUUAUGCACAAAAGAACAAACAUUCCUGGUAUAACUAUACCACGCGGUGGCGCAAUGAGAGGAAGAGGCGGAAGAGGUGGCGCCAGAGGUGGUAGAGGUGGUUUUAAUGGUAGAGGCGGCUUCAACGGUAGAGGUGGUGGACGUGGUGGUGCUGGCUUUAGAGGAAGAGGUGGAAGAGGUGGCUUCAACAAUAGAGGAGGAAUUGGCGGUGCUGGAUUUACUCCCUAUUGA